GCGGCGGGGGCCGCUGAGCCGGCCCCGCCCCGGCCCCGGCGGACCCUCCGCGCCGCCCCCCGUGUCCCGUGCUAUGAGCGUUCGGCGUGACUUCUCCGCAAGCAGCUGCAAAUGAAAAUGGAGGAUAUGUCUUUGUCUGGCCUGGAUAACAGCAAACUGGAGGCCAUCGCACACGAGAUCUACACGGAGCUGGUGGAGGAUGCCUGCCUGGGGCUGUGCUUCGAGGUGCACCGGGCUGUCAAGUGCGGCUACUUCUUCCUGGAUGACACGGACCCCGACAGCAUGAAGGACUUUGAGAUCGUGGACCAGCCGGGCGUGGACAUCUUCGGGCAGGUGUACAACCAGUGGAAGAACAAGGAGUGCGUGUGCCCCAACUGCAGCCGCAGCAUCGCCGCCUCGCGCUUCGCCCCGCACCUGGAGAAGUGCCUGGGCAUGGGCCGCAACAGCAGCCGCAUCGCCAACCGCAGGAUCGCCAGCAGCAACAACCUGAACAAGUCCGAGAGUGACCAGGAGGACAACGAUGACAUCAAUGACAAUGACUGGUCCUAUGGCUCUGAGAAGAAAGCAAAGAAGAGGAAGUCGGAUAAGAACCCCAACUCGCCCCGCAGGUCCAAGUCCCUGAAACACAAAAAUGGUGAGAUUGGCGGGAACCCCGACCCCUUCAAGUACAGCAACUCAGCUGGCAUCAACUACGAGACGCUGGGCCCCGAGGAGCUGCGGACGCUGCUCACCACGCAAUGCGGGGUCAUCUCCGAACACACCAAGAAGAUGUGCACCAGGUCCCUGCGGUGUCCCCAGCACACGGAUGAGCAGCGCAGGGCAGUCCGGGUUUACCUCCUCGGGCCCUCCGCGUCCCUGCCCGAGGCCGAGGGCAGCGUGGACAACGACAGCUUCGAGGUGGCCGAGAGCCAGGCCCUGAUGAGCCGCCUGCAGUGGGACGGCUCCUCCGACAUCUCCCCCUCUGACUCGGCCUCUUCCAAAGCCAGUACAAACAACUCCGAGUCCCGCAAGACCAAGAAGAAGAAGCCGCACCUGGGGCUGGUGAGCGGCGCCCCAGGGCUCGGCUCCAGCAAGAAGAAGAAGCCCAAGCCCCCCGCCCCCCACACCCCCAGCAUCUACGACGACAUCAACAACUGAGCCCCGCCGAGCUGGGGAGGGGCAGGACGGACAGAGGGACGGACAGGGGCCAGGACAGCCCCCAGGCACCCCCCGGGCCGGACACAGCGUGGGUACCGGGGCGCAGAGGACUCAGCUGUCGCUGGAGUGGGGCUGGAUUUGGGGAGCCCCCGUUAGUGCCCCCCUUUCCUCCCCCCUGCCCCGGUGCCUCUAUUUAUUCUGUGACAGUUUUUGUACCUGGGGCUCCUGUUGGGGGUUACCCUCAGACAUGGGGGUACAGCCCCCCCUUCCAUCCCUCCCAGCACCCCCAAAGCCAGCUGUGCCCCCCACAGCACCCACUCCUCACUCACACCCCAGUGGGGUGGGGGGCACCUGGACACUCUGGGCCUGGGUCGGGGGGUGGUGAGUCCCCCCUGCCCUGGGGUUUUGGGGUGAGCCCCCGCCCUGGGCUGGCACUCGCCGGUCGGGCUGGCUCAGGAGGGGGGGUCACACUCAGAGGACAAGGGAGCACCCCGUCACCCCAGAUCUGUUCAGCUGUGCCUGCGUUUGGCUGUUGGGGGUCCCGAGGGCCUGGCAGUGCCCACGCAGGGGGUCACAGGGGGCUGCAUGCUGCAUCCU